CCCUUUACUACAGCGCUAGUGACAUUCAGCUGGCGAGGCGAGCGUAGCCCGGGCUCCCGCGGCGCUGAGGCAAGGGCGCCCGCGGCUGUCUGCUCUUCUCACCCGGGCACCUCCGGAGCCGUAGCGGCGAGCUCCCUGCAGGCCCGGAGACCCCCGACGGGACGACCUUGGCGGGAGGAUCCCCACCCCCACCCAGGUCCACGAGCUUCGGUCCGCCCUGCCCACCCCAGCUCUGGCACGGGUCGAGGACGGAGGCGGCGAGCGCGAGGGGGACCCUGCCUCCCUGCUCGUAUAUGGCAAAGUUUCUCGCGGCGCUCCUGGGCUGCACGCUGCCGAGCAAGGGCGCCUCUCCCAUGCUGGAGGGCACCAUCUUUACCACACUGGCUGGUGAGAAGUCCUCCUCUGACUACAAAAAGGAGCAGCAAUGGAAACCCGUGUACCGCAGCCUCGCUGCCAUGUGCCUUUCGAACCCUCUCAUUGAGAAGCCAGGAGGCAAAGAAAGUAUGCCUCAGACGCCUCCCUUCUCAGCAAUGUUUGACAGCAGUGGCUACAACCGAAACCUCUACCAGUCCGCAGAGGACAGCUGUGGAGGCUUGUACUACCAUGACAACAACCUCCUUUCUGGGUCUCUGGAAGCACUUAUCCAGCACUUAGUACCCAAUGUGGAUUACUAUCCUGAUAGGACGUACAUAUUCACCUUCCUGCUUAGCUCCCGGUUAUUCAUGCAUCCCUAUGAGCUCAUGGCUAAGGUUUGCCACUUGUGUGUUGAGCACCAGCGGCUGAGUGAAGGGGAUGGCGAUAAGAACCAGAUGAGGAAAAUUGCACCUAAAAUCCUUCAACUCUUGACAGAAUGGACAGAAACGUUUCCUUAUGACUUCCGGGAUGAGAGAAUGAUGAGAAACCUCAAGGAUCUUGCACACAGGAUGGCCAGCGGCGAGGAGCAGACGUACCGGAAGAACGUCCAGCAGAUGAUGCAGUGUCUGAUCCGAAAACUCGCUGCCCUCAGCCAGUAUGAGGAAGUCCUGGCCAAGCUCAGCUCCACAGCCACAGACCGGCUCACGGUUCUGAAGACCAAGCCCCAGUCCAUACAGCGGGAUAUCAUGACCGUCUGCAGCGACCCUUACACGUUGGCCCAGCAGCUGACUCACAUUGAGCUGGAGAGACUCAAUUACAUUGGCCCAGAAGAAUUUGUUCAGGCAUUUGUGCAGAAGGACCCUUUGGACAAUGAUAAGAGUUGCUACAGCGAACGGAAGAAAACACGAAACUUAGAAGCUUAUGUAGAAUGGUUUAAUCGUCUCAGCUACUUGGUUGCUACAGAAAUCUGCAUGCCUGUGAAGAAGAAACACCGAGCAAGGAUGAUUGAAUAUUUCAUCGAUGUGGCUCGAGAGUGUUUCAACAUUGGAAACUUCAAUUCUUUGAUGGCAAUCAUCUCUGGUAUGAAUAUGAGCCCAGUCUCACGACUUAAGAAAACCUGGGCCAAAGUGAAGACUGCAAAGUUUGACAUUCUGGAGCAUCAGAUGGAUCCAUCAAGCAAUUUCUACAACUACAGAACAGCUCUCCGAGGGGCAGCGCAAAGGUCCCUAACUGCUCACAGUAGCAGAGAGAAGAUUGUGAUACCAUUCUUCAGUCUCUUAAUCAAAGACAUUUAUUUCCUCAAUGAGGGCUGUGUCAACCGUCUUCCAAAUGGCCAUGUCAAUUUUGAGAAAUUUUGGGAACUGGCCAAACAAGUGAGUGAAUUUAUGACAUGGAAACAGGUGGAGUGUCCGUUCGAGCGGGACCGGAAGGUCUUACAAUACCUGCUCUCAGUGCCCGUUUUUAGUGAAGACGCUCUCUACUUGGCUUCAUAUGAGAGUGAAGGACCCGAAAAUAAUAUAGAGAAGGACAGAUGGAAGUCUUUAAGGUCCAGCCUUCUGGGCAGAGUUUAACAUCUGGAAAGUGCUGCUGUUGCUGUUGCUGCUGCUGCUGCUGCUGCUGCAUCAGAGGGACCCUGGAGGGGCUGGCCUUUGUUUUCUGGUAUCCAGUACUAGGAACCGCCUCCCAGACUCUGCAAGCAAGCCCAGUUGUAGAUCAGAUGGGAAAUACAUUUCCCACAGCUGACAGAUUGACUUGGAUUUCUUUUGAGACUGAAAUCUUCACUGAAGACACUUGAGAAAGAAUCCUCUGAAAGCCCCGGCUCUGGACAUGAUUCAUCUUCUGGAAUUUCCAUGUGAAUCACAGCUCUGCACCUGGAUGGACUUUUCUUUUGUUGGUUUUUGUUUUAUUUUUUUAUUUUUUAUUUUUGGCCUGAACAUUUGCUGCUAAUGGAACUUACACAGCUGAGUGCUGGCUCUAUGGAAGCCCACAGCUCUUUGUUAAUUUAAAUGAAAAAGGGAGAGGAGGGAGGGGGAACCCCUCCCACCCAUCCAGUUUGGAUCCCGGACCUCAGCCUGAACAGAAUUCCAGUGAGGGCAAAGAUUGGGUGGGGUUCUAAAGCAAACAUCCCCUUACCCAGUGCAGAAUUGUAAACACCCCUCCCCCGCCCCCUCUUCCUCCAAGGCUUUGAGUUGGCUGCUGGCUAGCAAACUCCUUCUUACCCAUAUAAGUUAUUUAAUAUAAUAAUGAAGCGCAACACUGUGGUAGGAAAAUAGCCACUAGGGGGGAAAAGGCAGAGUUUGUCACUGUAGAACUGCCCACCCUGCAGGAAGGGUCACUGUUGGACUACCAGUCCUGCGGGAAGGGACCGUGUUUUCUUUACCCUUCUGAGCUGUUUACAGCUGACCACUGUGUCCGAUAGAUGUA